GAGUUUUACCUCGUUCUGACCUGCAACUGUUAGCUUUCUGCGAUUCAUUAGUUUGGUAAAGUCUCUUUUUUAAGCAGCUACUUUGGAAACUAUUUUAGGAGCGCCUUUAUCCAGCUUUGGUGUCUGAAGUGCGACUGGUGACAUCACAGCGGUUCGUCUGCACAGAAGCAUGCUGGGAAUCUUUCAUUGUGGGCAUCAACACUGCUAUGAAUUGAGGAGACUUCCAUACCUGUCCUAACAGGACCGUCAAAAUGAGCAUCGACAGUAACUACGUCUGGCAGCGCCGCGUGCAUUAUGGGAUGUGGAAUCAGAAAGGUGCGGUCCCCUUCCCGGAUUCCAGUGAAAUCGGUGUGGAAUUCCACGUGGCAUUUGAAAGGAAGGAAAAGUUAGAUUCCAGUUUGCUGACUAAUGGAGUGGUACUUGACAUUUGUGACUUUGCUAAAGCUGUAACCAGAUCUGAGAAAUACAUCAUGUACGAAAUCAUGGAAUUUAAUUUCGACUUUGACGUGGAGAGCGAGGAACAGCGCGCUGACUUUGCGGCGCGUAUUUGCACGAAAGCCAAGUUGAUGCGGGAUCAAGUCAAGACAAAAUUUAAUCGGUGGAAGGAUAAGUUUGUGCUACCCGAACUCAGGUCUGUGAAGACCUCUGCUGGAUCAGAACAGUCGGGGCAAAAGUGGCCUCGAAUUGGGAAAAUCCACAGGGAUGAGGGGAGUGUGAAUGAUGGCGCAGAGUGCAAGGAACUGUCUAUUAUGAAGCCAGGAGGACGUCGAGUAAAGCUCACGGAGGAGCUUUACCCGUUCUGCAAGGCUGCCGGUUUGCGACUUGUUGUUCAGGAAGAGUUGCGAAAAGAGAAGCUCAGCCUCGAUCUGCUAACCAAUGGUGCCAUGAUGGAAGUAGUAGCCUUCACCAGAGUGAUUUGUUCCUCGCGCGGACGGAUUAUUCAGGAAGUUGUCACUCACAACUUUGAUGUGACAUUUGGAGGCACAUACUGCAAUAUACAAAUCGACAAAGUGCUGCAACGAGUACACCUGUGUCACUCCGCUGAAGCGAAGGCUGCUCUCCGGAAAGAGCCUUUCAAAACCCAGCCCGUCCAAGAUCGACCAAGGUUCCUAAAAAAGCGUCUCGCCGAAGUCGAGCAACUCAAAGAGGAUGUUAAGAGAAUAGUGAUGCCGCAGCAGGUGGAGAGCGAGGGGAACGCUGCCUGGCAGGACAUCGAGAUGUCCUACAUGUGUCCCGUGGAUUUUGAGAUGGAGGUACAGUCUGGUUCAGAGCUGAGACCCAGAAACAUCUUGUCGGGUGCAGCAGCAAGUGUAAAAUCACUGGAUUCGCUGGACGUAAAACCGAAAGAGGAGUUUUUUAUUUCCCCGGUCGACACUAAGACCGGUGCACCACCCACGACGGCAGAAUUGCUCUCUGCUGUGUUUUCUGGAGAUUCAGAUGAAACCGCGAAUGCAAAAACGAUGAAGCAGAGGCUCUGGGUGAGACGCAGCCCUCGCUCGAAGGAAAUCUUGGGUUGUAGCCGAGUAAACGACAUGUUCAAGCGCUGCAGGAACAUCGGUUUCGAUUUUAACGUCGGCUCGGGCCGUAAACAGAAUCUCGACCUGCGUCUGUUGAGUAAUGGUGUAUUGUUCGAAGUUUACAAAUUUGCAUCAGCUUUGAGAAAGACGAUACACAAGUUCUUAUUCGCCAUCCUUGACAAUAACUUUAACCUCGUCAUUCAGGGUGAGGUGCAUCGGCGCAAUUUUCUUAUUUACUUCAUAACUAAAGAGAAGGUUAUUCAGAACUAUCCUGGGAGGAAAAUGGACAAGUUCCUCAGCAGCAGUUUUCAGCUGCCUGAAGUUUACAACAUGGUGGACGUGACCAGCGAGUUUCUCCCUGAAAAUGUCGCUAUGUCUGAGGAGCCAGAGGUGACUGUUAGCCAGCAGACCAGUCCAGAGACACACCCCUACUGUAAGAAGCUAGGCAUUGAUCUUUGGUUGACUGAAGAGCGUCCGUUGAGCGAGAAGCUUGAGUUGACUGUCUUGACAAAUGGUGCUGUGCUGGAAAUUGUUGGUUUCGUCAAAGAUUUGUGUGGGACAGUCUGGGAGAUCGUCAGUGACCUCCUAGAGCACAAUUUCAAUCUCGAUCUAAAGAACACGUCUAGUAAUGCUGCGCGGGUGAUUCUGAAAUGGCACGCAACCCACAAGGUUUGGAUGAGAAGGCCGGGCACGUCGGCCGUGAUGAUUAAGUGGCUCAACCAAAGUGUCUUAUGGGACACGCCUUCAAACAAAACUUGCCUUGCUCAGCCAGAGCUCCCUGCAGAGAGUGCAGAGGAUAAGGAGGAGCCACCAUCAAAACCAGACUGGGGACCUACCUGUGGCAAUGUGGAACGGGGCAAAGCAGCCGAGCAGUCCAGCUAUCGGAUCUGCAAUGAAAUCGGGUUGGAUCUUGACAUCCACUCAAGAUCCAAGUCCAAAGCGAAGCUGGAUCUGGGGGUGCUGACCAGAGGGGUGCUCUUUGAGAUGCACCGCUAUGUGGGGCUCAACUGCAACCGGUAUGUGCCGGCACUGUAUGAGAUUCUGGAGUACAACUUUGAUCUGAGCUCUCAGUGCCACCGGAAGGUGGAGUUUGCUUGGUCUGUGGCAUCUCAGGUGAUCGCCAUGGUGGGGAAGCAGAGAUGUUCCCUCAUCGGCAAAGGGGAAUAUCUGAACAAAGUGUUCGAGUUGCCCUUUGAGAUUUCCGCCUCGGCUGAACUCAUCUGCAAAGAGGAGCCGGAGAAUGACCACGCCCACCUGGACGGCGGUGAUGAUGUCAUGUUUGUCAGAGAACUGAAGCCUGUCGACAUCGAGGUGGAGGUGGAGUAAUCCCGAAAUAAAUGGGAAAUGCUGCACAGAACAACUCUUUUUCUGUUUGGAUUCAUCAGGUUUGUAGGUUUAAAGAAGUACAAGAAAACUAACUCUGCUAGUUCACAGUUAAACGAGACGGCUGUUCGAUUUCCCACUGAGUCAUAUGACAGUAAACACAUCUUGGGUUUGUUUCCGGAGUAUAUUGUGUAUAAGGUGUGUGGUAUUUUUUAUUUUAUUUUUUUUCCCUGUAUUUGCUCUUUAACCCCUUCUAAGCCUGUAUAUCCCAUCGAUUGGAAAUUUCACUUUAUUUGUGUGAUACUGACAAGCCAAAAUGAGGCGAGUGGUAGGGGUUUAAUUUUGCUGUUGUGUACUCUUUAUUAUUGUCAUUUAUUCUUUAAUUGUUAGUUUACUUUUAGUGGUUUAAUUGCUGGGAAAGUCAGAUUUAAAUAGUUGUAACUAUUAUUGACAAAUGUUUUUUUUUUUUUUUUUCUGUGUAUAUGUCAAACAAAAAGGUGACUUAUACUCUGAAAAGUAUGGUAUAUGAUUUAAAAUGCAAGCAUGGACAUGGUCAUUAAAAAAAAAAAUUGUGACCCUGAAGUUGGUGUGGUGUAUGAAAAUGCUUAAAAUCACCCGUGACUAUAUCAUCAGCUGAUUUAAUGGGAUUUGAUGCACAUCUGGAUAUGAAAUUUGUCCUUAACAUCCUUUAAACACUAGUGCUGUUGUCUUGAUUUUCAUGUAAUUUGCCUCAAAUUAAAGGUGACGUCUACAUGAAUUAUUUGAUGUUAUAGAAGUUUGUCCGUGUUGCCAUAUUUUCAGCCUGACUGUGAGUCAAAAGUGUUACAAUCAUUUACCCGCCAAGCAGCUGAUCAUUUUAAAUC